GGGCUCAGCGCUCCGCGGCGCUCCGCUACCUUCGCGAGUCUGGACCUGCGGGCUGGGCAGCGAGCGGCUCCGCCUCGUGGCGACCCUGGGCUAGGCAGCCCGGCGAAGGCUCCCGGCCGCUGGAGGGGGUGGGCGAGCCGGACCACCCCAGGGGUAGGGAGACUGGGUGCGCCGCAGGUGGGCUGGGUGCCUCGGUACGCCCCGCCCGGCUAGGAGAGGGGGAGGAGGCGAAGCGAGAGCCCAGGAUCCCCGAGAGUACGGGAGAAUACGGCUGGAUAGGAGGAGCCGGGAGCGCCGAGCAGGGGAGGAGCCGGUCCCUGGAGGAGGAGGACGAGGAGGAGGGGGCGUAGGCGGAUUUCCUGGGCCCGGCUCGAAGGGUUCACCAUGGCGUUUGGGAAGAGCCACAAAGAUCCCUUCGGGACUUCAGUGGGCCACCUGAUAGAAAAGGCUACAUUUGCAGGCGUUCAGACUGAAGACUGGGGCCAGUUCAUGCACAUCUGUGACGUGAUUAUCACCAGCAAAGAUGGGCCAAAAGAGGCAGUAAGAGCUUUGAAGAAAAGGAUUUCUAAAAACUGUAAUCACAAGGAGAUCCAACUUACCUUAUCGCUUAUUGACAUGUGCAUGCAGAACUGUGGCCCAAGUUUCCAGGCCCUGAUUGUGAAGAAGGACUUCACUAAAGAUCAUCUAGUUAAGCUGCUGAGUCCCAGAUACAACUUGCCUCUAGACAUACAGAAUAAAAUCUUGAGUUUCAUCAUGACAUGGUCACGGGGUUUCCCUGGAGGUGUGGAUGUGAGCGAAGUCAAGGAAAUAUACCUAGAGCUGCUCAAGAAAGGAGUCCAGUUUCCUUCUUCGGAGCAAGAGAUUGGAACAGAGAAAGACAUGACCUUGUCUCCGAGUAUAACUAAGCCACCUCCGUUUGUUCCAUCUCCAUCAGUACAUGCAUCUACAGCUGCUCCCAAGGCCCCAACUAUUUUACUGGUUGCCGAACAGAUUGGAAAACUGCACAGUGAAGUGGACAUGGUGAAAAUGAACGUGAAAGUGAUGUCAGCCAUAUUGACGGAGAAUACACCUGGAUCUGAAAAUCAGGAAGAUAUGCAACUCUUGGAGAAAUUGUAUAAGACGGGUCGAGACAUGCAGGAAAGAAUCAUGGACCUGUUGGCAGUGGUUGAGAAUGAGGAUGUGACAAUGGAGCUCAUUCAAGUGAAUGAGGAUUUGAAUCAGGCCCUCCUUGGAUAUGAGAGAUUUUCUCGAAAUCAGAAACGAUUCCAGGAACAAAAACAGAGCCAAGAGGAAGCCCAGAAGAAUAACUGUGAGCCUUCUGCCCCAUCCUGUGAUUUACUUGACUUAAGUCCAGGUCCAAGCUCUUUGACUUCUGGCUUGCCAUUGGAAGGAGUCUGUGCCAUGAGUUCUCAAUUUUCUGGCUUAAACGUCAGCUCUUCACGUUCCAUUGAUGCCAACCACCCAAACCCUAUGCUUCACUCACAGCUGGAUUUGCUGGCCUCAGAGAAUCCAGAAAUAUCCCUGUUUCCUCAAAGGACAGAUCAAAACAUUUCCUCGGGUCAUCUGUAUGACAAUAUUUUAACCCAUUUAAAUCCAAUCCUGAUGCAGCCAGUAAACCUUCAGGCCGGCCAUGCUGGACUUUCAAGCCACAGGCCCCCAGCUUCAUCUAGCAAUCAACCAGGUAACUGGCCCUCAGCUUCAUCUAGCAAUCAACCAGCAAGGAAUGAUCUUCAGCCACCCAGUUACUAUGAGGUAAUGGAGUUUGACCCUUUGGCUCCAGGUGCCACUACAGAAGCUCUUUAUGAAGACAUUGAUGCUAACUUCCGUAAACCAAUUCAGAAUCAUACAAAUGUUUGAAAGGUCUUUUUAGAGAAAUCCAUCAUCAUCAUAACCCUGUGAUACAGUAGAUGAAAAUUAUUUUAUUACUUCUUGAAUAAAUCAUACGUUUGAUAAACUGGAAUUGUAAUUCAGGAAAAACAUUAAGUGCCUUCGCUUAAUUAAAAUUGAAUGUAAAAAUAAUUUUGCACUCCUGAAAAUAUUUUUGACCUUUACAUUUUAAGCUGGGGCAUAAAGCCUUUAUUGUAGUUUACAUUUCAUGUUUGUAACAGUCACUGGAAAAUGUAUAAAAUUGACUUUUUAAAUGAUUUUUAACCUUAAAAUAAAAUGCAUUCUUUUCUUUUU